GGACACCUCGCCGUCAUGGUCCAAGACACCAGAUAUGUGCCAUGACUCGUAUAUGGAUAGGAACCCUUUAUCUAUCUACCUCUUCCUCGAACAUGUUAUACCACUAUGACUGUUCCUUAUUACCCGAAACCCGUGUUAAGCCUUAAGCGAACAACCAUGAGACCAACAACUGUCCUGCUCGGUUCCGCUCUCGGUGCCCUUGGGGCCCAGGCGCAGGAGACGUGCGAGCGAACCAAGGUCGCCGUUCUAGGUGCCGGUGUUGCUGGAGUCCAGGCAGCGCAUUCACUCGCAAACAACGGCGUCGAUGACUUUGUUAUACUCGAGUACCAAGACCGCAUUGGAGGCCGCAUGCACGAUGUCAAAUUCGGAGAAGGACCCGAUGGGAAGCCCUAUACCGUCGAGGCAGGGGCCAACUGGGUUCAAGGUACCGUCAACGGAGACGGCCCUGAGAACCCUAUAUACACUCUGGCCAAGAAGAGCAACAUUACAUGGCUCGUAACCGACCAAGGCUCUCUCGCAACGUUCGACGAGAAUGGCCCUGCGGAUUACGGAUGGGCCAUCGAAGAAUUCGAAGAUGCCAUGGAAAAGGUCGGCAUCGAUGCCGGUACUCUCCUGGUCAACAACCUCCAAGACCGCACAUACCGGUCAGGAUUCCGCUACGUGGGCUGGAACCCAAAGAAGGACGACGCCUACCGCCAGGCCGUGGAGUGGUGGCUCUUUGAUGGCGAGUUCGCGUUCAGCCCCGAGGAGAGCUCGGAGAUCUUCACCUCUGUUGCAGAGAACGCAACCUUCAACUACUUCUCGGAGGAAAAUCUGUUCGUGUACGACCAGCGCGGGUUCGGCACUAUCAUCCGUGACCAGGCGAAGACAUUCCUGUCCGAGGACGACUCUCGCCUGCGUCUCAACACCGAGGUCACCGGCGUAGACUACAACAAGGACUCGGUCACAGUCCACAACAAGGACGGCUCCUGCGUCGACGCCGACUACGCCAUCAUGACCUUCUCUGUCGGUGUGCUCCAGCGCGGCGGACUCAAAUUCAAUCCACCUCUCCCGGACUGGAAAUCCGCCGCAAUCAACAGCUUCGAGCUUGGUACAUACACCAAGAUCUUCCUGCAGUGGGACGAGCCUUUCUGGAACCAAACACAGUACCUCCUCUACGCUGACACAGAGACCCGCGGGUACUACCCCGAAUGGCAGCCCUUGAACCUCGAGGGUGUCCUCGAGGACUCGGGCAUCAUCGUCGCAACUGUUGUCAACGACCAGUCAUUCCGAGUCGAGGCCCAAUCCAACGAGGAAACCCAGGCUGAGCUCAUGGAAGUUCUCCGCAAAAUGUACGGCGACGAUAUCCCCGAGCCAAAGAACAUCUGGUACAAGCGCUGGGGCCAGACACCUUGGGCAUAUGGGUCUUACUCCAACUGGCCCCCGGCCACCAGUCUACAGUCCCACCAGAACCUCCGUUCUAACGUUGGCAACCUCUUCUUCGCCGGCGAGGCCACCAGCCAGGAGUUCUUCGGGUAUCUGCAGGGUGCUUACUUUGAGGGCACGCAUACCGGCGCCUUCAUUGCCGAUUGCAUUGCUGGCUCGGGUAACUGCACUGUUUCGGAUGAGCAGAAGAAGUAUCCUGUGUUGAGCGGUGUUACCCCGUACAACUUGUAUAACUGGGAUAAUGGAUGGUUUGCCGAUGCUGUUAAAUAAGAAGCACGUCUACCGAAUUGAUCUUUUAGUGUGAAAGAGGACUACUGUUAUGUGGGAUUGGUGGCAAAGUUCUAAACCUGUCUUGUUAUGUAUUUGUGUAUGAUUUGCAAUUCAUUUUGGCAGU